AUGAGGUGCCUGGGAGAGUCAGUUUAUGCUACCAUGCCCCAGUUGGAAGGGUCUGGUGGAUUCAACAGCAGCAUGACCUUUUCAGCUGUGUUUGCUGUAUUAAAAAUAUAUAAUGCUGGUGAGAAAUAUCUGAAAGAGUUUUGUUAUGUUGCUGUGGUAGGGACACAGGCCUAUAUGGCGAGGGGGUUUUGUUCAAUGCGGCUUUAA